AUGCGUUGGGAAUUUAAAGUCGACAAUUCAUUUGAAGUUCGUCGUGCUGAAGGCGAACGUAUUCGUCGGGAGUACCCUGAUCGAUGCGCAGUAAUUGUCGAGCGUGCACCAAAUUCACACGUACCUGAUCUUCCAUCGAAGAAAUAUUUAGUCCCAAGUGAUCUCACUGUUGGACAGUUCUACUUUCUUAUCCGCAAACGCGUUCAACUCCGACCUGAGGACGCACUUUUCUUCUUCGUUAACAACACUAUUCCAAAUACGUCAAUGACGAUGGGUACACUCUAUCAAGAACAUACGAAGAUAAAUUUCUUUACGUUGCAUACAGUGACGAAUCAACCUAUGGUUAACACAAUGCGCAUCGUUCGAUUCGGUUCUGUACAUUACAUAGACCUUUUCUUUUCAAUAAUGACGAUUUAA